AUGGCUGCCCUGGCAGCCUGUGCCCUGUUGGGGUGGUGGCGAAACCUCCACCUGAGCGAUGAAGCUAUUGUGGGCCCCUGCCGGAAGGAGUUCAAGGUCCUGGCCCUGCAGCGCUUGGCGGUCGCGACAUCGCUGAACGGCAGCAAGGUCCAUUGGAGGCACCCGCCCAGGCUCCGCAGCUUGUGGCUGGUCCCGCUGAUCACGGACGCACGGGCCACCAGCAUGCGCACCCGCAGCCUACACCUGGUUUCGGAAGAAGACCUGCGGGGCCUGCCUGAGGUCUGCCCCGACCUGGUCUCCCUCUCGCUCCAGGACGCCGACGUGACGCCGCCGCCCAGCCUGGCCCGGCUCCCCUUCCAGCACACCGUCGCCAUCGAUGAUCCCUUGCUAUGCCUUUUCGGACUGGCAGACCUGCCCCACCUCCGCUCGCUGACUCUGGGCGUCCUCUGGGUGGGGACGCCCUCCCCACACCCUGGAGCAGCCUGCGCCUUCGCGUGGGUGGCCCCGGACGACGUCCCCGAGACCCACGUCGGUCUGCGCCUCCUGGCCUGUGUCCGGGAGCGCCGCUCGUGCUGGAACGUCCUCCCCAGCUGCUGCGUCGUGCACAUCGAGGCCGAGCUCUGGCACCAGCUGGCCGCCAUGCCCGAGGCACAGCUGUCCUCGGACGAGGUGGAGGGCGCGCAGGAGUGGUCCAGCCUGGAAUGGAGGAACGACCACCUGAAGCACUACUACCACUGCCUGGAGGAGGCCCAGCCUCUGAUUGGCUGA